AUGGAGUUCAGCCUUAGUGGCUGGGGAGGUUUAGUCUUAGGGACUGGGAGGUUGGUUUUAGAGACUAGGGAAUUAGUCCUAGAGACUGGGAAAGUUGACUCUAUGUCUUCGUCGAGUGGAGUUUCUGACUCCGUGGAAGUAGAUUCGGAGGACCCGAUGCCCACCGAUCCGGAGCACGCUGAUGGUAUUCCUGAUGGGGAGCUACCCCUUGCCUUGAUCCCUACUCCCAUUCCACUUGCUGCAUUUCCCGUAGGGGAUUUGCCACUCGAUGUUGUGUCCAAUGACGACAUCGAUCUUUUUGAGGGCCCCCCUGAGGACGACCAUGAGGGUGGGGCCCCGAUUGCUGAUAAUGUCGUCAUUCCUAUUGUUGAGGCUCCUGUGGAGGAGGCUCCUGCAGAUUCACCUGGUCCAGACUCGUUUGAGUCUGUGGCAUCCGCUUCUUUGCACCACCAGGGCGUGCAGCACUACUCUCCUGACGCUGACUCAGACGUAGCGAUGUCAGCUGUACCUGGUUCACCUCACGAGUUUGAGUUUGAAUUUGAUCAUGAGUUCGAGGACGAAUUUGAUCCAGUUUUUCCUCCUGAUUUUGACCCCGAUCACGAGAUCGAGUUUAUUCCUGUUGACCAGCCCUUGGAGGCACCAGUGGCUCCUAUUGAUCAGUUAUUUUAUAUACCUGCCGACUUUGAUAAAGACUUUGCUGACCCAGAGCCUUUCAUAGCACCAGAGCCUGUUGUUGCCCAUGACCCUGUACCAGUGCACAACCCUAUUCCUGAUGAUGCUCCAGUCGUUGCACCGCCCGUUCUUAUGGAUGCACCAGCCAUUGCACCACCUAUUGUUGAUAUUCCCAUUGUUGCACCACCAGUGGUGGAUGUCCCUAUUACUGAUGCACCCCUGCCUGAUCCCGUGCCGGCAUUUGUUGACCGUGCACCGUUCGCCGCUCACAUCGAUCCUCGAUACGCUGAUACCCACAAUGGGUGGAUCGAGGAUGAUGAUGACUACCCUCCAUUCGUGCUACCAGUCACUCCUCCUGUAGCACCUGUUUCCGCACCUAUUGAUGUUCCAUUUUACCACCCACACAUCUCUGAUGUCCAUCGCACCGACCUUCCUAUCACAUUCCUCCAAGAUAUUCCUCCACCUCGUCCUGGGGAGGGUUCGUCGAGGCAGCAGCCUACUUUUGUUCCACCUGUAUCGUCAUCUGUUCCGUUCAUGUCCUGGUUCCCUCACACUACACCAUCUUUUGUACCUUCGGGCGAGCCGUUUCUGUGGUCUUCGCCCAAUGUUAUGCCGUUAUCAGACCCGUAUCACCCUUUUCAUGUGGGGUACACGACGGACGAUAUAUUCAUCUCCCUACAGCUUCAGCAGGACGCACUGAGUCGUCGCGUUCAGGAGUUAGAGAGGACUCCAUGUCCUCCAUGUCACUGUCAGACUCCUUUUGCCGCACCACACGCUCCCCUCCCGCUACCCCCUGAUUCGGAUAUUCGUUUCCUCACCUCUGAGCAGCAGAUUGCCUACUUGUUGCACGUCAUUCAUGCACUAGAGGAGGACUGGGUGCGCUUGCGCCGUUUGAUUUUCUUCCCUCCUCCUCCUCUUCCGCCAUCAGCGUAG